CCUUCCACCACAUGGCCUUCCAACAACCCUUGAUAGGGAAAGCGCAGCCAGUGCGUGAAACUUGUUUUUAUCUAUACAGCUUGGCAGGUUGGCUUGUAUUCUAGCGCCAAUGUACGGAAUUUAAAUGGCGCAAAAAGCCAACAUUGGGCAGCGUCUGCCAGUCUUCCAGAUCCGUCGUUUUUUUUCACCUGGAUAUGAUCGACAUUAUCGAGCGCGUGUUUUCAUUUUCUCCACCUCCACAACCGUCGUUGCCGGAAUCAGGGUGAUGUAUGAGGCCGCAAUGUCCUUGCCAAUAUCCAAAUUCGUCUGGCUGCCAGUUAUCCUUUCAUGCGUUUACAGCCCCGGCUUGAUGAGCUACGCAUAUUCUGUGGAUAUAAAGGAAGAGACAUGAUACAGCUCACUAUCCGGCAAGCCCUACACAUUUUCUAUUAUCUACAACACUCGUACCCAAAUUCUAGCAGCGAUGUCUGGCAAUGACCACCCCCGCCAGAAGUUGAACAACGAAUUACAGAGGAUUUAUGGACCCUUUGCACAAGACCAUGUCAGGUGGGAGAUCUAUUCGCAAGGCCCUCCCAACGCCUCAACAUGGCAUGCGACCGUCUACAUUGAUGAUAUGAAUUACGGCUACGCUUCAUCCAACACCAGAGGUGGUGCCCAAGAUGAGGCUGCGCGCCAGGCAUAUGACCACCUGAAACGUGAAAGGUCCCGAUGAGCUGUGGCAAUCGAGCAUGACGACUCCGAUACACGUGUUGUAUCAAAUUUUCAUCCUCUUCAGACAUCUAGCUACUUCCAUUACCCACACGGUUUCGUUAUCAUACAGUCGUAAUAUAGCGCUGUCCAUACUAGUAGUGCGCCUGUUAUGAGUUAAUAGAUAUAGAUCCCCUUUCUUCCGCGAUACGUUUAUGGCCCGUCGUGCUUCGACGUGCUCCUUUGUGUCAGCAGCCCAGAGUACGAGCAUAUUAAUGUGGUGGUGAGUAGAGGAGACCAUCAUGAUGUGGUGUGGGGUCUACCACACGUCCCGAGCACUGGUACUUGUGCUUCCACUUAACUUCCACUUCACUACGUGUCUCGACAAAUCAGUUCAUAUAUCAAUUUUAUAAUAGACAUUCCAAC